AUGGGCGACUCAGGUUUAGGAACGAUAUCUAAUGGUUUGCGAGGUCGUCGCUUUCCUGUCCGACUCAUCUUGUCCUACCUUUCCGACUGGCUUCUUUGUUUUGUCUUUGUCGGUAUUGGAGGUUGGCUCGAUAAAGUUGCGCCUGCCAAGCGACCAUUUUCACUUGUUGACCCUAACAUCUCAUACCCUUUUGCCGAACAUGAACUCGUUCCAGCCUACCUCCUCUUCAUCCUCGCCAUCGGCGUCCCUUUCGUCAUUGUCGCAUUCGUUUCUUUGAUUUUCGUUCCCGGACCGACUGUCCCUAAAGGCACCCCGAAGACCCUCAUCUGGCAGCGCAAGAUGUGGGAGCUUCAUGUCGGUGUUCUUGGGCUCGUACUCUCCCUCACGCUGUCAUGGUUCUUCACCAGCUCAAUGAAGAACUUGUUUGGCAAGCCUCGACCGGAUCUCCUCGCCCGCUGCAACCCCGACAUCGCCAAUAUCAAGAAAUACAUUGUUGGUGGUUUCGAAUGGAGCAGCAUGACUGGACAGCUGGUUUCCGCCGACAUUUGUCGACAGACAGAUAAGUACAAGAUCGAUGAUGGUUUUCGUUCUUACCCCAGCGGUCACUCUUCCUCUGCUGCCGGCGGUCUCAUCUACGCUUCGCUCUUCAUGGCCAGCAAGUUCGCCGUUACCAUACCUUUUGUGAUGCCCUCGGCUGCUUCUGUCGCGGGAGCUGCCAGUCAUGCCGCCUUCCCCUCUCGCAUCAACACUGGUCCCGUUGUCGAUCCAUACGAACCUUCACGCGCCCGUGGUCUUGACGGAUCUUUCUCCUCUGGACCUAAGGGAAGCGCAGGACAAGAAAAUGCCAAGGUUCAGUCUCUGCGUCGCCAAGCUGCUGCGCCUCCGAUUUAUCUCCUUGCUCUUGGCCUUGUGCCUUUUGGUCUCUCCAUUUUUAUUGCUGGCUCACGCUGGCACGAUCGUCGUCACCACGGAUUUGAUAUUCUCUUCGGCUAUUUGAUGGGUCUUAUUGCCGCCAUCUUCGCCUUCCGCUACUACCAUUUGCCCAUCCGUGCUGGUGCAGGCUGGGCAUGGGGUCCUCGAAGCGAUGAGCGUGCCUUCUGGGCUGGCGUUGGACGACACGGUUAUGCCGGCACAGACGAAGAGCUUGGCUCAUACGCGCCAACACGCCGUGAUACAGCCGUGUCCGGGGACACGUCAUACCCACCUAUGACUUCUGCUCUAGCACAGCGAAAUACUCGUCCUUCUUCUAACCAAGAAGAACCUCGCCCAAGCCAGAACUUCCAAGACGUGGAACUGCAGCGCAUGGACGACUCAGACCGUCUGGAAAAUAGGUUUCCUGAUAACCGGUUUGCUGAGAGCCGGUAUGGCGAUGCUCAUUAUGCCGAAAACCGUCUUUGA